CGUCGUCUUCAAUUCCUGUUGAGGUUUGUAAGAGGGCCUCUUGUCGUCCAGUCGAUAAGGCGGAAAAUAUCGGCGUCUCCGCAGUGGCCGCUGUUUGUCUUUCUUCCUUCGCAUCGUCUCUUUUUCCCUUCUUAAGAUGCAAUAAAAUAAAUUACUGCUGUUCAGGAUUGGGAUAUCGCUUUCGCAUGCAAUUUCUUCUUCUCUUUAUCCUUCCCAUACGAGAAAGGAAGAAUGGAGACGAUUCAGUGGCACUGGAACCUUUCUUUCUCGACCGACCUAAGAAAGUCCAAGGAUUUCGUUAAAUCGACGAUUUCCUUGACUAAGGUGCGAAGGAAGAGAGACGUGAUCUGCAUUUCAAUGCUGGCGCCGAGAAGGUUCUUGUGGUCGAAGAAGAAGAAGAAGGAAGUCUUCAAGGACAAAGAGGACGGAUUGCAGCAGCAGAAUUGGAGGAAGCUGAUGAGCGACAUAGAGGAGUCCGGAUCCGCGGUCUCCGUUCUCCGGCGCCGGAGGAUAUGUGGCGAGGAUCUCUCCCGAGACGUGGUAUUGGGUACCGUUUUGAGAUUCAAGCAGAUGAAGAAAUGGGAAAUUGUUUGUGAGGUGCUUGAAUGGCUCAGAUUUCAGCACUGGUGGAACUUCAGUGAGAUGGACUUUUUUAUGCUUAUGACAGCGUAUGGGAAACAAGGGCAAUUCAACAAAGCCGAAAUAUUGUUAAAAUACAUGAACGAGAAUGGUUAUGCCCCAAAUGUGAUGUGUCACACAGCUUUGAUGGAAGCAUAUGGGAGAGCAGGCCAAUACAACAAGGCUGAGACAGUAUUCCGUAGGAUGCAGUUAAAUGGACCUGAGCCCUCAUUAUUGACGUAUCAAUUAAUUCUUAAAAUGUUUGUUCAGGGAGACAAAUAUAAAGAAGCUGAAACUAUUUUUGAUGCCCUUUUAGAUGACAAGUCACCAUUCAAGCCAGACCAGAAGAUGUUUCAUAUGAUGAUUUACAUGUACAGGAAAUUAGGGAACUAUGAUCAAGCUCGAAAAAUGUUUGGACUCAUGGCUGCUAGAGGAGUGCCACAAUCUACAGUCACAUUUAAUAGCCUAAUGUCGUUUGAAACUAAUUACAAGGAGGUUUCAAGCAUCUAUGACCAGAUGCAAAGAGCAGGUGCAAAUCCUGAUGUCACAAGCUACUCACUGUUGAUUAGAGCCUAUGGGAAGGCUAGAAGGGAAGAUGAAGCUCUGGCAGUUUUUGAGGAGAUGCUGGAUGCAGGUGUUAGGCCGACACGGAAAGCUUAUAAUAUUCUUCUUGAUGCAUUUGCUAUAUCUGGGAUGGUGGAGGAAGCUAAAACUGUUUUGAAGAGCAUGUCAAGGAACAGGUGCUACCCAGAUUUGUGCUCCUAUACUACAAUGUUACUAGCAUAUGUCAAUGCAUCUGAUAUGGAUGGUGCAGAGAAAAUUUUCGGACGCUUGAAAUUGAACAAUCUUUCCCCUAAUGUUGUGACAUAUGGUGCACUUAUGAAAGGAUAUGCUAAGUUGAACAAUAUGGAGAAACUGAUGAGCAUCUAUGAGGAGAUGCGGAUGCAAGGAAUGAAGCCGAACCAGACCAUCUUCACAAUUCUGAUGGAUGCCUAUGCAAGGAAUGCUGAUUUUGGCAGUGGCGUCUUCUGGUUUAAGGAGAUGGAGUCAUCUGGAUGUAAAGCAGAUCACAAAGCAAAGAAUAUCCUUCUGUCUUUGGCCAAGACAGCUGAGGAACAAGAAGAAGCAAAAGAGCUUGUUGGACAUGCAACUCUAAAUAAAAAAAAACAACUCGAUGGAACCCUACAGUUAGAUGAAGGCGAAGAGAGUGAUGACGAGGAUGAAAUGGAAUUUUCUAUCCUCAAAGCAACUCACGAGAGAAGUAAUGCAGUUCCAUCUUCAAAUGGACAAGAGGAAGCUAGCUCAGCUGCUGGUGAUAGCAGUCGGUGUCAAGAAAAUCUCAACAACGUAUCUUUCAAAUAUAAUGACAGCAGAGAGAAUUUUGAUAAUGUAGAUAAUGAUGAACAUGCUUGAUUUAUUGAUUGAUUGAUCAAAAUCACGGUGUUGCUGUGUUUUUUGCUAUUACUUUAUCAAGCACCAGAGGCUGCUGUUCAAGAGUGUCGAAAAGAAUGUGUGCAGUUAGAAGUGCACAUGGGGGUAGCUUGUGUCAUAUAGAUCACUUGCUUGUACAACAGGUUAACAAGGCCUACCCUGUUCUGCAACUUGUACAGCAUAUUUUAUGUAGGAUCCUGCUUGUAUUUCAGUCUCC